CGGCCACAGUCAGUUGUCGGUGGACCUCUUUGUGUUGUUGUUGUUGUUGUUUGUUAUUCAGCUUACACCGUGUUGAAUGUGAGUGAGGUUGAACCGCGUCCGCGACUUUGUGACUCUCCGUGUGGGUGGGCGAUCAGGUGGCGGACCUGGGGACCGCGACGAGUGGUGCAGUGCAGGGGAGAGGAGGGUACCCACCCGGGGCCGGACAGGGGUACCCGUCGUGCGCUCGAGGGCCGCGAGGGGACGGCCGGGCCCGGCGACGAGCCGAGCGCGGAGCGUGGAGCUCAGCCGGGCCACGCAGCGGGCGCGGCGCCCUGCCGAGCCGAGCCGGCCAGCUGCGCGUCCCGCGGGCGGCUAGGCGGCUGCGGGCUGCGGCCCAGGAUGUAGAGGCAGCUGGCCGCGAGCCGCGCCGUGCUGUCUGCCAGCCCCGUCUGUCUGCCGCGCCCGCUGCUGCCAGCGCAGCGCCGCGCCGCUCCGCGUGUGUGUGCCGUGUGGUGGUGUGCCCCUGCUGCCUGCUGCCAGCGCCAGUAGUGCCCAGCCAGUCAGAGGUCUCGAGCGUCGUGUGCCGAUGUGUUGCGUCAGAGCGCGCCCCGUGAGAGGCGCGCCGCGCCGCGCCGUGGGUGCUGCUGCUGCUGCUCCCAACUUGAGCCGCGCUUAAGCGGCGCUUAAGCGGCGCUUAAGCGGCGCUUAAUCCCCCGAGCGCGGCCUUUCAGUGGGCUGCCCAAAGGACAUGGAUACCUCUUCCAGGAUGAACAGCUUCGAGGAGCCUGUGCAGCUCGCUAGGGACCUCGGCCUGGGAUCCGCGGACGAUGAUGCCAUCUACCAGGCUGCGCGCGACGCGGUUGCCUCCCUGUUCGGUAUGCCGCCCAACAAAUGCCAGGGCGACCUGCAGUCGCCCGACUACCGCUCGCUCAGCCGCCUCGAGACCAAGAGGGUGCGGCAGAACAGCGAGGCGUGGACCAAGUCCCUGCGGCGGCUGCCGCCGGGGUCGCAGGCCAGCAGGCCCGACACGCUGCUCCUCGCCUCCAACGGCGCCCCCAACGGCGCCCCCAACGGCGCCCCCAACGGCGCCCCCUACGGCGCCCCCAACGGCGCCCCCUACGGCGCCCCCUACGGCGCCCCCUACGGCGUGCAAGCCUCGCGCCGCCGUCCCUCCUCGCCGCCCAGCCCCUCGGACGAGAGCAACCCCUCACCGGGCCUCGGCGGGGACCUCACGACCCACCACGGCGGCUCCAGCGGCAGCCUGACGGGAUCCUCGUUGCGUCUCGACGACCUCCGGGAGAGCGAGCUGCAGCUCAGACGCAAAAAGGCGUUCAUCGAGCGGGUGAUCGAGCAGCACGAGCACCUCUCGGAGCAAAAGAGGCACAACGAUAUCAUGCAGCUCUGCGAGCGGCUCCAAGAGACCGAGCUGGCGGCGACCAGCAGCGCCAAACCUCAUCAUCACAAGAGUUCCAGGAUCAAGACGAACGGCUCCCUGCCGCGCGACCGGUGCGCCGCCGACUUCUCGCCCACCUUCCCGGCCAAGGCCGCGUCCAGCUCGUCGGACGAUGUCCGUCUCGUGGGCGGGGGUUGUUCGAGGAGCAGCAACGGGCGCCAGCAGGACAACGGCUGCUGCGGAGACAGCCCGCCCCUCUCCGCCCCGGGCAGCCCGCGCCGGGGCAUCCGCACGGUGCUCUCCCCCAAGGAGACCUUCAGCUUCCCCCAGGAGAUCACCAGCGAGGUGAUCGAGAGCCGGCUCGACCUCCCGGAGACGCUGCGGCCGGCGCAGUCGGGUCACCACACGCCCAAGGCCGCGAAGCACAACGGCAAGGACCCCAAGGGCAAGGCCAGGACGGGGCCGCUCGUCACGUCCACGCCAAGAGAGCGAGGCGGCCCCAGGUUCAUCUUCCCGUUGGAGGAGGGCGCGGCCAGGGCGCCGCCGAUGGCGACAGCCUCUCCCGGGGCCUCGUCGCCCAGGGGGUCGCCGUCGUCGCCCCGGCGGGGCUCGGCGUCGUCACCCUGCUCAGACGACAAGGUGAUGGCGCUCAGCCUGGAGCUCGAGUUCGUGCAGAAGGAGCGCCUCAAGAUCAUGUCGGCCAUGACGGUGCUCAAGGCGCACCUCGCGGACAUCGAGGCCCAGCGGGAGGAGGCGGAGCGCGACGCGUCCAUGGAGCAGGCCUUCAUCCGCGCCGAGCUCCAGUCCAAGGCGGACAAGGCCCGCGCGCAGAAGGCCAGGAUCGCGGCGCUGCAGGAGCGCGCCGACAAGUGCCAGCGCGAGGUGGACUCGUGGCAGGAGAACCGCCACCGCCAGCAGCGCGUCUUCUGCAUGUCGCUGCAGCACGCCGAGGAGGUCCUGGAGCGGCUGCGCCUGGAGCGCGACAGGGCCGCCGACGAGGACGCCCGCGCCGAGCUGCGCGACCGGCUGCUGCAGCAGGCCGACGUGGUCGAGUCGGAGAAGAAGCUGUACGAGGACCUCGAGUUCAAGUACCUCGAGGAGGAGUCGGUGUGGCUGGCGCGGCGCGAGGAGCUCAGCAAGGAGCUGGCCGAGGCGAUCAAGAAGCACGACGAGUACGAGGCGCAGGUCGCCCAGCUCGAGUCGUGGGCCAGCGCGCCCGCGCCCGCCGAGCUCAACGGCAGCCUGGAGCACUACGCCGAGCAGAGGCAGGCCUACCAGCAGCGCCUGGAGGAGGGUCAGGCCCAGCUUGACGUCCUGGACGGGCGCGUCGGGGAGCUCGUCGGCCAGGGCGCCGGCCACCUGGGCUCCACGGCGAGCCAGAGCGACGGCGCGCUG